ACAUUUGAGAUAUACACGGAGUUUAAAGAUGGGACGUUGAUAUUUAAAUGGAUCAAUUUUUCGCCAAUUCGAAAUGAUAUAAUCAUCACUAAGGAUUCUCAGUCCGGUCCCUGGAUACCGGUGUAUGUUGACCAGUACACUGUGGAAGAUGUUAUGCAAUAUAACUCAGUCAAGAUUCAAGUACGGGAGUAUAAAGGUCCGGGUUAUAUUGAAGGUCAUACGGACUAUAUUAAGACAUAUAAUGUCAAUAAGGUUGAAUCAAAUGAGGGAGACUCAAGGAAUAUUUCAUUGACCAUUAAUGCAUUACCUGCCUCAGGAAUUUAUGGAAUAUUUCAUUCUGCAAGAAAUGGAUUGUAUUCAAAAAUAAUUCACAUAAAUGGUAGAAGAGUGCUGGUUCAGACCGAGAAGUACAUGUACCACAGUAGGCCCAGUAACUCAACUGAUAUAAUAUUUGAGGUCAGGAAUAUAACAUUAGCAGAUGCUGGACACUAUGUUGUAGGUCUCACAAAAUCUCUUGCAUUGUCUGAAGGAGAGGAUGCCGUCUUGGUUGUUAAUGGAAAGCCAACGACACCGGUCAUAAAUGGAAGCAAUUUAAUUAAUGUUAACACUAAAGCCAUUCUUGAUUGUGAAAGUAAAUCUACGUCUGCCCCGUACUAUUACAAGUUUCCACCAUUAUCGUAUUCGUGGUUUGUCAACAAGACCAAGAUAUACAGAGAGGUUAGAGAGACCUACAGUUUUAAAGUCACAAAAGAUGCUAAAUACAACCAAUACAGCUGUGAGGCAAAAGAAAUUCUUGUAUCAGAGAGAAGUGAAGAAAUCAGGAUAAACCCCUUAUAUGGUCCUGAAAGUUUGAAAAUAACCCCAAAUCAGCAAAAUGAUGACCUAAGUCUUUUUGAUGGGGAAACGUUUGGUCCAUACACCUGUUCAGCUGACUGUAACCCACCUUGUACCGUGCAGUGGAAGUAUAAACACCCAGCAGGUGGUUUCAGAGACGCUACACCAAAUAGGACGUCUGCAGUUAAUCUACCAGUACAAACAGCGAAAAAAACUAGUAUGGCGUUGAUCCGAUGUGUUGUAACAGGGAUCGAAGGCAGAAAAACAUCAGACAUCACGUUGAACAUUUAUUGUAAGUAUAAUUAUAAUAACGUCUUAAAUCUUGCAAAAUGUAAAGGGUAUUAGUCUGAAUGAACAAAAUGAUUUUAACAACCACUUUCAUAAUCAUUUUUGCAAAUAGAUUUUUUUUUGUUUAUUUCAAUAAUUUUUACAUUACAAAACCAGGCUUUAACAAGAAGCGCUUGGGCCACAUUGCUCACGUGAGCUAGGAAAAAAUACGAAUCAGAUCCGAAUUGAAAA